AUGCCUUCCAUCGAGCUUCUCACAAAUGUUGCUCUCUCACGCGAACAGAGCAAGGAACUCGCCCUUUCACUCUCCAAGGCGUCAGCGAGGAUCCUUAAAAAGCCCGAGUCUUUCAUUUCAGUUCAAAUCCGCUCUGAUGAGAUCUUGACGUUUGCGGGCACUCACGAUCCAUGCUUUCAAAUGCGCAUAACUUCUCUGGGCAAUCUAAACCCGGCCGAUAAUGUUAAUUUCUCCAAGGCCUUUACUGAUUUUCUCAAGGAGGAGAUUGGUGUCACGAACGAUAGAGGUUAUGUUAUCUUUUACGAUCCGGACUAUGCAAAUCUAGGAUAUAAAGGGACAACUGGUGCUAAAUUAUGGUGCUGA